AUGGACGUACAACGUCCGCGUGAGCCGGAGAGCGGUUCCGUAUUUGGCUGCGAGUUCUUGGUCACGCAGAGCUUGUUUCAGCCCCGCUCGACACCUUUCGUCGCCUUCAGUCAGAGGACGUUUUGCUCCGCACACUCUGGGCAGCCAUCUGAAUAUGGAAGCAGCGCCGCUGCCGCCAGAACCAAAGGCAAGGCGGGGCCAGGGGAGCCUCUGCGCCAUGAUCUUACGGAGACGGAGGUCACAUGCCCCUGCUGCGGUGCGCUCGCGGGCCAAAAACACCAGAUCUUCUGCGAGAGCUGCGGAGACGUCCUGGAGCCACGCUACGACGACAACGCAGAAAACGGCGGCCUUUCCUACUUCGACCUUCUUGAACUGUCACCCGUUUUCGACGUAGAUCGAGCCGCUUUGGAUGCGAAGUACAAGCAACUCGAAAAGCGUCUGCAUCCCGACAGGCAUCCACAUGCCGAUCAAACCUACCAUGACAGACUGGAGAAGCAUCGAAUGAAAGUUAUCGAGGCGGUGAACACAAUAAAGAAUCCGGCGCGACGCGCUCUGCAUUUGCUCGCGCACCAUUGCGGCGCCCCCCAACCGCCUCUGGAAGAAGGAGCUGAAGGUGACCGCGUCACGGACAUGGACCUUCUUAUGGAAGUCUUCGAGCUGAACGAGGCGCUCGAAGCGGUGGUUUCGCGGGAACAGUUGGAGGACUUCAAAAGGCGGGUGGACCAUCUUUUGGCUGAAGACGAGAAGUCCCUGGCAAGCCGAUUUCAAGAACAGAACUUCGACGAAAUUCAGCGUUUAAUACAUCGCUACCAGAUGCACGCUAGACUUCAAGAUAGCAUCACGAAUUGGAGUCCGCCUGAAUAA